AUGGAGGUGGACAUCAGUACUGACAUGGUACAGAUCGAUCUCUGUGCUUCUGAUCGCUCUUUCGCCUUCACCAUUGUGCUCUUUGCUUUCCUCAAGGCCACAGAUGCGUACGGCACCGCCAACGUCUGGCAAUGGUGCAAGAACUCCGACGUGUAUUGUGCUACCGUCCAGGGCUGUGCUCCCGGAACUGCCCCAGGCCAGUGUCCGGGCGUCCAAUGGCACAAGCUAGACCAUGGCGGUAACAUCACGGUCAAGUUCGACGAUAGACCGUCAGGCACCGGCAUUACCAUUAUGUGCACCCGAGACCUCAACGCCUCUCCAAUCCGCGUGACCCAGCUGGAAUGGACAUGGGAGCAGGGCCAAGGCUUGGUCUACUUUGACGUCAGUAAUGUUGCCGGCACUCCUUUUGUCGACGAGGGCUUCCUGCUGCAUUCCUUUGACGCCAGGGACCUGGACAAGACCAAGAACCGCUGCUUCGACGCUUGGUGUGACAAGAACGACGCGUCGUGCAACGGGGUAUAUGAGGUUUGGAACGACGACGAGAAGGCCAUGAGGUCUUGCUAUGACGACGCCAUUCUGGGGUUGCAGUUGUGUCACUGA